AUGCUUUGCUUUCAGAUCGGCGAGGGUGACAAGUUGAUCAACGUUGUCUUGCUAAAUGGAGAAAGACUAAAUGUUCGAGUUCAGGUAACAGUUACUGUUUAUUUGACAUGCAAUGGUAAUGCAUGUUUAUUAAGGACAAAUUGAUUAAUGAUAUCCAAAAUCUGUCAUGUGGGAGAUGCUUGAUUUGUUACAUGAUAAAGCAUAAUGUUCAAAAUUUUGACAAUAGGGUACUAAGUUAAAAUGAUGCACUUUUGCUUUUAUUUAUUCAUUUACGUAUUUAUUUUAUUAUGAGGAAGGAUAAAAGGCGAGAGGCUCUUUUUUUACGAGAAAGCAAGCUAUCAAACUGUUAUAGAUUCUUCUCAAAUUGUGGCAAUGAGUAGAAAAAGAGAAACGAAAAGAAAGAUGAGUCUCCACGGACUGUUUUGAUUGUUUUUGUUUUGUUUUGUUUUUGUUUUUUUUUAAGGGGGCAAAUUGUUUGAUAAGUAGGCACGUUUUCUUGCAGGCUUCUGCCACUGGUCAAGACUUGUACAAUGUCAUCACUGAACAUCUUGGUCUUACAGAAACCAUAUUCUUUGGACUUAUGAUCAUAAAAGGUGAUUAAUAAAACGAAGUGUGCGCUUGAGUAGUAACAACAGACUUGUCAUAGCUCAGUUUAAAAUUCCGCGCAACGAACUGAAGAGAUACUGAGUACUAUCAGAAACUCAUAAGGAGUUGAAACGUGUAACUCGCGUUCAGUUGCUCGUGAAUAUUCACUUUUACCAUAUCUGGAAACCUUAGCGACAGAUAUCCAUUUUCAACAAAAUGGCUGCCGCGUGAUCACAAAAAGUACUAUUUGAAUCUUUGUUCGAAUGCUUGAACUUAAAUUCUUUAACCGACAAAGUUACCCCAGAAAGGGCAUUAUUUUUCUGAUCACAAAUCAGAAAAGUGUGUUUGGUUAUUAACCAUUGUCCGAGCUUUCAAAGUUCAUCUUCUAUUCCAAAGAUUGUAAAAACACAGUAUCGAUCGUUGACCGCCAAGAUUAUUUUAAAUUGUGCAAAAGCAGCUUAAACGUGACGUCACUCCUUCAAUAUUUAGGCAAGGACCGGAAGUAAUUGUUCUCCAGCCACCCUUCAAUUCCUCAAGUAGAGAGUUUAAGAUACUAUGACAGCUGCAGCGGUGAAAACGUCGCAUAAAAGUAAAAUUUGUAUUCCCUGAAAAGCGGUGAGGCUCUCAUUACUGUUCAUCACGUCUCUAGUGACUACUGCGAGUCACUUACUUCUCAUUCAUUACAAAAUGUUGGCUUCGGGAAAGGGUAGUUGGGCAGUUUUACUGAAAUCUAAACCAAUCCAAAGAUUCUCAGAGUUAUGGGCUUAAAAAUUGUAACAUAUUUACUGCUUUGUGACAGAUGGAGAACACGAGUUCUUGGACUUCAGCGAAAAACUAUCGAAACUUGCAAAGUUUGCUCCACAUCUCUGGAAAGACGAUGUUAGUAUUUCGUCAUUUAUUCUGUUUUUAACCCUACAACAAAGUUGCGCCACAGCGAGUAUUAGGCUGAUUUAGUAACAGAUCACGACAGAACGGGAACGUUAGUUGACAACAGAGCGCGCAAAUUACACAACUGGUUUGACCAAUAGCAGAGCGGCAAAUUGGGGACGGGAAGUCGCGUUUAGUCCUUUCCGCAGGCUUUCCCGUUGUCAACUGAUGUUCCCGUCCUGUUGUUAAAUCUGUCUAUUAUUUAGUUACGUACUAGGUAAGCUUGUUAAGAACUUAGAAAUAUUUUGAAUGGGUAAUGAAGCAGUUAUUAAAUUGUUGUGUAGUGUACCUUCAACUGAUAAACAUUUCUUGUUCUUAGUUAUUGAUAGUGUUCUUUUCUGUACAGGUUUCGUGCAAUUCAUCGCUGGUUUUUACGAUCUUCUUCCGUGUGAAGUAUUACGUGGAGAACAUUUGUCUUUUACAGUAAGUUUCCAAGAAUUAAAAGUUUUCACUUUCAUUAAUAAAAGUGUUUUUGUUUGUUUGAAUGAUUAUUUCAUCUUAAAGUAGUUAAUAUGUUGCGUUUUUUUUUGCGUUAGACAACAGUGUACUCGGCACUUGUACUACCUUCAGUUACGAAAGGAUGUCUUAGAAGGAGGGAUUUAUGUCCACGAGGAAACAGCGAUGCUUUUAGCUUCCUACGCUCUACAAGCGGAAGUAGGAGAUUACAAUCAGACCCUGCAUGGAUCCGACUACUUCGUUCCUGAGCACUAUCUUCCCCAGAGAGUAAGCAACCUUAUAGUACAGUGAAAUAGAGUUAAAAAAGCCGAACAUACCGUAUUAAUUCGAACAAGCAACCACCCCACCUUCUCCCUCUCCCACUCAUACUCAAGUAAGCUCCCACCCACCCUCCCUUACUCCUGAGGAGAACCUGCAAUAUUAUGAGGCAAUCGGAAUUUUUCUGUGUUAUAGUUUUUGCAUGUACGAGGAAAACGGGGAAAGUGGUAGGAUCUCUUGUUAUUUUUAAAGGUCGGCAUUAUCAAGAAAUGUACGUUGUUCAACGAAUCCGCGUGCGCGUCUGUUCUCGUAGAUUAUAGAGGGCUAUUUAAAGGGCGUUGUCCACGUGUCACGGGUUUCAACUGAUCAGACUUUUCAAAGAGAGAGUAUUUUGGACAAAUUAAGACAUGUUAGAGGAAAAGCAGCAAUUGAACGACAGAAAUGUUUUUGGGAAGAGAAAAAAUUACAGUUGGUAAGACUUUCAAUUACUUGCUCAAAUGUAUCUGAAAUCGUAUUAAUCGUGUAAACGAUUACCAUUGACAAUCGAUACUCACAACUCUUUCGAUCUUUAAGUUUCAUCACUCAAUUUCCGAUGUCAAUAGAUUCAGUAAUUACUAUGGAUUAAUUUCAUCGAUAUCGGGGCACGCCCGAUACCACGACCACGACGGAAACGAGAAAAUAAAUGAAAAGCAACAUGUUUUGUAAGCAAAACAAGAACUCUGAACGUGCAGCACACUCAGUUUAUGGCAGAUUUCUUUACACACGUUGUCAAUCUCUAAGAUCGUCUUUCAUCAAAAGCGAUCGCCGAGACUUCGAUUUCGUCUGAAAUACCCAUUUUAAGGGACUUCUCAUUUAUAGCAAACUAUUUACUAUUUUCGACCCGACGAAUUUCCUUCUCAGAUAGCGAUAGACUGUUCACAGUCCCCUAUUUUCCCGUGAGAUCGUCGAGAUAUCAGCGCGUCCUACCAUUAAUGGAGGCCAUUUUGAUCUUCAAAUAUACUGAAGGGGGCGAGCCGUAACACAAAGCGCUCGAUCUCGACGAUCUUUACAUUUAAGUGUUGUGAGACAAAGGAGAUCUUAAGGAUUUGUCCACCUUUGUAAAACGUAAAAAAAGCGGGGGGGCUGAUAUCUUGAUACUCGCUUGUCUUAUUUUCAAGGCAAUCGCCAAACUGACAGCAUCUUCCAUCAAGAAACAACUUCCAUCAAUGCACAAGACUCAUACGGGUCUCAGUGAUGCUCAGGCUGAGAUAGAGUAUUUGAAGGUUAGUAUGCCUUAUUCCAGCGACGGAAAGGUGGGUAAACAUUUGGCAGUUUAGUUUACUUAGCAUGCAAAAAGAGCCGCAUUCCUUUGCUCCACGCUGGACCUUCAUCAGUCGAGAGCGAAACCAAGAGUAGUACAUGCGUAGUUUGCAAAGGAAGCCCGGACGCUCUAUUCCUUUUGUACUAUUACAAAAUAUAUAUGAAAAAAAAAAGAUUUACCUCUGCGUCUUUGUCUGUGUUUUGCCGUUUUGGAAGGAAUUUGCAUUAAAGCGAAGACAGUUUCUCCGUUAGAUUUCAAAACAUAAUCGCUUCAGACGCGUGAGAACCUGGAGACGACAUUUUAAAACGUCUCAAUUUCCAAUUAUUAUGUAACCUAACACUUCUUCUCCGUGAGAUUUUUAAGUAUUAACUAUUAAAAUAGUUAAUACUUGACGGUUCUGAAGAGUCUGAAGCGACUGUGUUUUGAAGAUAGCCUGUCUACAGACGUUUUUCCUAGUUUAUUUUCUGUGUUUUUCGCGACGUAUUUUGACAAUUUUUAAGAAGCUGAAAGGGCCUGUAAACAGGUUAACGAAGAAAAUGUAAAUGCAUUCCAAAACGGCAAAAGUCAGAUAGACGCACAGGUAAAUCAUUUCUGUUUUAUUAUCAGUAACCUUCCAAACCUUUUGAUAGCUAUAAAGCGUCCGGGAUUCCUGUAUACUUUGAUUUAGUAUAAUGUCGAUAAACAGGAAGUCAAGAUGGAUUCUGGAGAAUUAAGGAUAGGAAGGAAAAUCAAUUGAGUGAAGUAGAAACCGUAAUGUGGACUAAGCCUUCCGUACUUUAUUUUUUGUCCCUCGAAAAAUAUUGUUACUACCUAAUAUUUAUCAUUUUGAUUUCAGGAAUUUUUUGGGUAACCAAUCUGAAGUAUACGAAUGCUGGCCGUCUGAAAACUGUGAAAUACCAUGAAGACAUGGUUCUUGUCUUAAUAUCCCGGGGUUGUGGAGGGGGGGGGGGGGGGGGGGGGGGGGGGGGGGGGGACCAUAAUGGUCUAUACGGGGAGGCUCUUCCAGGAUGGAGUACCUUUGUCAGGCUUCAUACACUUUUCGAGAUUCUGUAAAUAAAUUAACUAUUCCACAGCCACGCACUAAUUAUCUCCGUAAUAGUUUACGCUACAGUGGUGCUGUUUUGUGGAAUAGUCUUCCUGAAACUUUAAGGCAAGCAGAAUCCCUACUUAAUUCUAAGUCACUUUUGCACAGUUAUUAUAAUAUCAAGUAAGGCACGCCAUUCAUGGAAAACCGGCUUUUUUUUCGUAUAUACUUAACUGAAUAAUUUUAAUACUCUAUUUAGCGAAACCCAGUAAAUGUAAUUACAGUUUUUUAAAUUUUUUAUAUUUCAUGCCUGAUGAAUCUGUACAACCGUGCGUGCAUAUAUAAAUAUUCCUUACUUCCUUACUUCCUUACCUCUGGGGGGAGCCUCCCCAUAUAAAACUUUGUUGAGUACCCCCCGGGGCUAACUAUAUGACGAAAGGAGAAACUGCUAUUCGCGUCUGUUUCCUUGUUAGGGCCAAAGAGGAAUGCAGCAGAGUUUCCUUUCUCUCUAACGUUUUCUUUGGCGAUAUUCAGAAAUUCUAGUGCAAACCCAGUUCGCUUUAACUAUUAGCCGCUAUGUUCGGUUAAACUUCUGUUCAUUGUAAACAAAGUUUAAUCAAACAAACUUUCCUUGCGCUUAACCAUUUUUCAGGAAGCACAGAAACUACAGGAAUAUGGGAUUAUCUUCAACAAGGUGUCCAAGGUAACAGGAAGAUUUCUUUUGAUGCUCACUUAAAUUAAAAACUAGCUUAAUAGAACCCUCUUUAGGAAAUCCAACCAAUUUCUUAUAACUGCGGUAAUGAGAAUGGUUUAUAGAGUGACUCACAAUUCUUUACUAAUGGAAAGAUUUCUGAAGAUGAUGUGAACUGCGGAAAUGCAAAUUUUUAAACGAAGAUAUGAUCGUCGCAGUGGUUAUUGCAAUUUACGCAAUUACAAAUAAACCUGAAAAAGAAUUCGGGACUUCCACGGGAUUCGAACCCAUGGCCUCUGCGUUAGCGCUGCAUUGCUCUACCAUUUUAGCAUUGCGUCGUUUAAGCUUACAUGGCUUAAUUAAAGUGUAAGUAUAGGUAAUAGCAUGAUUAGUAGUUAUAUUUGGCAUAAAUAAAUGCCAAAUAUCACGUACAAAUCAUGCUAUUAUUUGUUUAUACUACUACCCACAAAAGGUUUGUAAUUUUCACAUGUAGGUAUUUCAAAUUAAGCUGAAAUACCACUGCUUUAAGCCAAUCAAAUUGCAGAAAUUUCUCAUGUAGUAGUAUAAGGGUUGUAAUUUCUGUAAAUAGCUUUAGUUUUAGAUUCUGCUUUUAGCCAUUUUGUAGAUCUAUUUAUAGAUAGUAUUUUAAUAGUAGUAAUGUAUAGGUUACUAUUUUAUUUUUUCAUUUUUUUUGUUUGGGCACACGUACACGUUCUAACGAGAACUUUGGAGCUCCUGGGUGUUACGUGUCUAAAUAAAGGAUUUGAUUUGAUUUGAUUUGAUGAAGACCCACACAUUGGGAGCAGGCCAAUUUGUUAAGUUCAUCUUAAGCCGGGAAAGGAAUGAAAAACUCUCAAAGCUAAUUUAAGUUAAUCAAUGCUUUAAACUUGUGUACUUCACUGAUUCUUCCGAUAUGUGUUAGCAGGCCUGGUGAAGUAGGGAUAAUUUGAACGAUAAAGGCGUUAUUAUGUAUACUUCCAAAUUCUUCUUGGCGCUCUUUAAACUCCAAACGGUAUGCGAUUGAUGCUCAAAACCCAGUGUACUAUGUUUUUUGCAGUACAAAAAAGACAAGAGAGGAGGUUUUAGUUUAGGAAUAAGUGUACGAGGUCUUAUUGUCUACGAGGUAGGUUUAUCCUAUUUUUUGUCAUCUAAUUCGUAAUAACGGAUAAAAAAUUAUAGGCAAGCAAUUUCCACCCCUCCCCCCUACCACCAUCCCCCCAAAUUUACUAAGUACUUAGUGUGGCAGGUGUCUGAAAGUCAAAAACACUAUCAAUUGGAAACACUCAGGAUCAAAACUUUUCCUUUAACCCGCGUAGCAGUCGUUCCAGUUUCCUUUGUAUAUGGAGCCAAGCGGAAGAAACAAGGCGUGCUUACCCCACUUGGUCUAAAGGAAACGGAGACGACUGCUACGCAUGCUUCCGUUUUCGUCAAAAUCGCCACUUUCAAAAAGGGUCUCUUUGCCUCCUCAUUUGACUUGUAGGUAAGGCUUUGGGGAUUUUUCGCCAAAAUCAACAUUUUCGUCAAAAUCGCCACUUUUAAAGGGCCUCAUGCCAUCUCAAACCUUGUUUUGUUACAUGUUCGCGUUUUGUUAUUACCAUUCAUUGUUUUGUUGCAAAAUAAACAUACUGAACUUACUGAAAAUGGUGAAAAUUUAAUAAGCGCCCAGCCUCGAAUAAGCGCCCCACUCUCAAAGUCCAAAAAUGUAAUAAGCGCCCAGGGCGGUUAAUCGAAUAAAUAGGGUAAGUGAACAAUAAUGGGAAGUAAACAGUCUAUGUAACUUGGACUAUCCCUCGUAUCAUUUCCCAGAAGGAUUAAGGCAUGUAUUGUUAAUAACCAGUAUAAUUGUGUUUGUCCUCCUCAUAUUUACUGAUAACACAAUAUUCUCGUAUGUUUAAGGAAAGAGGGAUCGUUAAGAGCCCAACAUUUCGUCAUCCGUGGCAGAACAUCAAAAGAAUGGCUUUCCACGUUAGUACAUUUAUUCAUUUAUUUGUAUUUUUGGACCUGAAUGUCUUAGUUUAGUAACUACUUAACGUAUCUACGUUACCUAAAGGUUGUUUUUGUUAUUUUACUUUUCGUCGAUAGUUGUCUAAUAAGGUUUUGUCUCAUUCGAACAUAUGUUUGAAGGUCAAGCUCAGUAACUGCCCCCUGCAAUGUACUGACCACCGGCUCGGAGACUGGGUCUGGUGAUGUCACUUCCGGAAUUGCGGAAACGAAGCUUGCGCGUUUGAUUGGCGCAUUUGCUGUUUCAACAGACCUUAAUCACGACGCCGGAGCGACGCGCUUAAGGAGCGAUGGAACAAAAGCAACGUCAGGGGGCAAAUUAAACGAGUGACAACAUCUACCGAUAAACUAAAAAUUGUGGUCGAGUUUGUUAAAUCUAGACAACUGAGAAAAUGAAGAACUUUUCAUCUUAAAGACGAUGAUGGCAAGUUAUGAGUGGAAGUGAUUAACCUAACCCAACUAACUCGACUAACUCGUUGACUAACCCAACUAACUCGUCGUCUUGUUUUGAUACAAGACCGCGAUUACACAUACUGGCAAAUUUUAUCGCUUGUUACGCCCUCCCCACGAAAUACCACGUGACAUUGCUUUUAUGCCUUUAACAGUGUCGGAUCCAGACGUUGAGAUAAGGGGAGGGGGGGGGGGUUUUCCAGACUCAGGGAUAAGAGGGGAACCCGGUCUCCAAAAAAUUAAUUUCGGCCCCCCGUUUGGUCUAAAAAUAAGGGGGCCCGGGCCCCCAGGCCCCUCCCCUGGAUCCGCCACUGAUUAAUCCGAAAGCGGGAACAAAAAUGGCGGGUAUCGUGAAUAAGGUCUUCUAUGUUGUGUUCAAUGAUUAAAUCAAUCUAAUAUUAUUCAUGCAGUUUACAGUCAAUAAUAAAUCGCUUCCAUAAAAUUAGCGUAUAUACUCUUCACCAUUUCGUCCUCGAAACAGGUCUAUUGUUAUGGGCAAUGUCUUGUGACGAGGUUAAUUCUCGUUAUUUUCCUUAGCGGAGACGUUUUUAUAUCGAAGCGCACGGUGAUCCUGAGACGUCCAAGAUGGUCCUGUACACAUGCAGCUACAAGAAGUAAGUCUACGAGAAUUCAGCAAAACAUUUUGAUACCGAGGACGCUGUUGUACCUGAUUUUUCUUGCAGUCGUUUGUACUGUUAACAGAGUAGUUAUCAGUGUAGUUGGAGUUUUGGCUUCAACUUUUUUUGCCAGGAGUACAUUAAUUUGCCGCGAAAAUGGAUCAGUACUACAGGGUUCAGUUCCAUAAAAGCCAAUUUGCGACAACGUAAAAAGCUAAUUUCUGCAAGACUCCGCAAAGUUUUUCUGGCGUUCGCUUUAAAGAAAAAAAAAAUAAUAAAAAAGGGCUGCACCCAAUGGCAACUUAGGUGAAUAGGACUGGCAAUUUUUUCCACCAGAAUAAUAAGACUCUAUUGGCUUUACUGCGUCAGCCUCUUGCUGAGCUUACUAAGUUUCUUUGUUUUACAUUCUUGGUCGUUUUUGAUAGGUCGAGAUAUUUGCUUAAAAUGUGUACGUCGUUCUACAAGUUUCAAAUGAUGAUGGGAAUGAAGUUGACCAGUCUAAAGGAAUAUCCCAGAGAUGGAGGUAAACACUGAUACCUUGAUCACUCUGCAGUUAACACUAUUUUAUAUUGACGAUCAUGACAUGACUAUCUCGUCUCCUUGCUUGAUGAUUUGGAUUGGUUCUAGUUCCAUUUACUCCAUGCUUAUUAAGCCAAUAUUAUUGAGUAGCUUAGGAAAACAAAAUAUUAAACUGAGAUUCGACGUUGAUAUUUGCAAGGCCUCUAGGACUAAAAUUACAGUACACGUUGAGGUUGUUCACGCAACGCCAUCAGAUCUUGUGGGCGAUGUUGGGAUUAUGUCACGUGAUUAAAAAUGGCUGCCAUAUAGGAUCCUCCAAGUUCGAUUCUCAUCAUAACGGAAAAUAACUAUAAGCUAUAAAAAUAUUGAGCAAAAUAAAAAGGAAUAUUCUAAACCCACCUUAAAACAUCUGCCUUUAGAAAUUUAUGUUUGCAACAUCAGUUUAAAACUCAACAUUUAGGCCAGCCUAACUUGCUAUCCUUUGCUAGGGAAAAUUAUAUGAUUUUGACCAAACACUUUCAAAUUUCAGAUUCCAACGCUUGCGGAGAAAAGUUUUUACUAGUGGACAUUGCUCAAAGAGUUUUCAAGUUAUAAAGUUUCAAACUCAGCCGUGUGGUUACACCUCGCACUCCUGAUCUGUUAGAAGGGAGCUUAAGCAACAACGACUGCGACGGCUAUGAAAAUGUCACUCACACUAAGUGAAUUCGCGCUGCUUCAAACUUUAUCGCUCUCAUGCCAUCUAGUUCAAUUGGUCAAAUGUAGACAAAUUUUUCUGGAGUUGAAUUCUAAAAGACUGAAAAGAAAAGAAAUGUGUUAAUGUCUUGUGUUCUCGUCCUCCAGAAAAACGUGCACGUCGUAGUCGAGCAGUGACGAAAGAAAUGUAAAAAAAAAAAAAGCGUGAUGCACGUACAAAGUCGUUGUUUUGCCAAACGUUUUGUUUGUUUUUGAAGUUCUCGUUGCCGUCGUCGUCGUCGUUGCUGAAGCUCCCUGGUGUUAAAAGAAUUGUGCUCGCGUCUUGAACUCUUAAUUUUACUCCUCAACUUCACAGCUGUUAGGAUGAACGGUGUUGUCAAGACAGACGAAACGGACUCUGUUGCAAGCAUGCCAGUUUCGACAGCAGAGAAACCUGGGCACGAGUCAGCGGUCAUACAGCCGCAAGGAAUUGGUCCUGCGAUACAUCUGAAUGGCUCUUCUGUCCCAGUGCCAGAGGAUCAACCGGUCCAGGUCGGUCCUUUUAAGGAUAACUCCGUGAAUCAUUCAAUAUUUGCAUUGGAAAGUUUUGUCAUUUCUCUGCUCUGAAUCGUUUUACAAACCUUUGGUUAAACAAUGCUAACCAAAUUUUCUCCGAAUUAAAGCGUUUCUCCAAAUUCAACGCGAUAUUGGCGAGAUAAUGCUCGUCAAAAUAAUAAUUGUUAUUGAUAUUCUAUUCUCAUAAACGAACAUUCACCAAAGGAAAAUGAAACUUCAUUCGCACUAAAGAAUGUUGUUGUCGAUAAAACGCUGUAGAAAUUGACCUUAAGGGUUGUUCUUCUUGAUGCAAAAAUCACGGAUUUAAUGACUAUACCACAAAGUUAAAGGUUUGCUUCCUUGGCUAAACUGUUUAGGCAUGAAUUAAUCUUAUGAAUAUUAUUUUCACGUUAGUAAAAAUUUCUUUCCCGGUAAUAAAGACCACCACUCCCUCUCCCCCCCCCCCCCCCCCCCCCCCCCCCCCAAACAGGAAAAAAAUUGCGUUUGACCUGGGGGGGGGGAGGCAAGGGCACCAACCAAAAACUGUUUUAUUUAUAAAGAGAAUUGGGGCCCUUGAAAAAAAUUAAAACAAAAAAAAUUUAAUUUUUUAUUUAUAUUAUUAAAAUUUUUUUACACUAUUUUUUAUAUUUUUUUAGUUUUUUUUUUUUUUAUUUUUUUUUACCCCCCCCCCCCCCCCUUCCCCCAGCCAAAAGGAGAAAAAAUUUGCGUUGACACUGGGGAGAGUGAAGCAUGCGCACAACACAGAUACUGUUUAAUUUAUAAGGAGAAUUGGCCGCAUUGAACAAAUUUAAAAGUUAAAACUUUACAUUUGUAAUUCAUAAUUACUAAUCUAUUGGCCAAUUAUUCUCAAGUUUAUAGAAUUUCUUAUUUUCUAGAUUUUCUAGUCAAUGAAACUUACUCUUGCACUUUCCAUCCAAUCUAAAUCAGGUCAGUGUUCAUCCAGUUCAGCUACAGAAAGUCGAGGGAAGUCUGGGUCUUAAUAUAAUCGUGAGUACACAGCAUCUGGUAAAAUAAUAUGAAGUCCUGAAUGUUUUCCCAGUAAAUAAAUGUGUAUAAAAUAUAUAUUAAAAAGCAUUAAUUUUGUAAAGGUCUGCGUGUUAAGGCUCCUUUGAAAGUGAACAUACUUAUUAUAUGGUCGAGUUUAGUUUCAUUGAAACUUUUUUGCCCCCUUCUCAUUAUGAGCACUGGGAUUCAGACGCUUAUAUCAACGUUCAAUCUGCAGGGUGGCAUAGAGUUGGGAGGAAUUUACGUGAAGACGAUGGCCCCAGAAGGACCAGCCGCUCUCAGCGGAAAAAUCAAUAUAGGUGCGUUAACAAAAUCAAUAUUUUCUUCUUCUUCUUCUUCUUCUUCUUCUAAUUAUUAUUAUUCGCUAAAAUUAUUAUUAUUAUUAUGUAGAAAUAUCUAAUCAACCUUCUCCCCAGAGGUUUCCCUUUAUUCAAUAGGAGAGGGUUCUCUAAAAGCCUUGGGAUCGAGGUUGAAAUGCUACCUCGUUAAUCGACGACUACACUGCAACUUUGCAAUGCUUAAAACUAGAUAGCGCUCCAAGCCCCUUGCGGGGCUCUUACAGAUGAUCUGGGUGAUCAACCGUUCUGACACCUAGGUGGUUAGGCCAGAUGGAUUAUUAAAUUCUGAGGACACUUCCUUUGCCUCGUCCAAUUUUCUGACAGUUCUUGUUUGAUGAGAGCCGAGCCUGCAAACUCUGAGGGAGCUGAGUCUUGAGCCAAAAAUUAGGCAGCCCAAGUUUUUGUUAUGUAUUUCAGUCUUACUCGUAGGUUAUAAAUUAUUUCAAUAUCGAAGGUGACUUUUGGUGAAUUUCGUCUUAGGUGAUAGAAUUUUGGAAAUCAACGGUCACAGUCUCGAGGGAUUAUCAAGACAAGAGGUAAAAUACUUUGAGACUCCACAGGUUGAUGUAGAAGCUUACAAUUCCUCUAUUUAAAUACACUUGUCAGGGGGCGGAUCCAGGCUUUUUUUUUUUAGCGGGGGUGCACCACUGAGGAAUAGUGUAACUGACUGAUGACGUAAACAAAUUUUAAAAGCGAUUACGAAGAAGGCUUUUGACUAGGCAAUAACAUAAUGCGAACUGCUGAGAAUACAAACAUAUCAUACAUAUCUGCAUAUUUUGCGGAAUACCAGUUGUAUUAGAAAACCGCAGGUCAUUUUGGGGGAGGGGGGGCGCAACCCCUGCACCCUCCACUAGAUCCGCCCUGCUUUUGCAAAAUGCCUAGUAGCGGAAGUUGUUUGAAAUUUUGGCCCCGUCCACAAGAAUACAGGCAGGAUUUCACAAAUUGCAAGUCUGUCGCAUCAAACAUAAAAAAAAAAAGAAAAAGUAGGAGAGCGGGUAAAAAAGAUGCGGUCUCGGUGAGUGGGUGGAGUGGCUGGUUUCGUGUAGAUAGAGGACCGAUUCGUGUCGGAAAAUAUGAGAUUUCAAAAAAAUCCGCGUUCGUGUGGACGGCACAUUGCAGACCGGAAUGUUGCUGGUAAACCUGUCAGUUGUGGAUGGUUAUAUUUACCAAUUACGAGACGUACGGUUAUAGUUGUUCAUUGGUUGUCUUUGCCUCAUUCCUUUACUUCUUGCCAAAGAAAUGUUUGGCUAUGGUUGUUCACUAGUUGUCUUUGUCACAUUCCUUUACCUCUGUAGGCGGUUAACAUUCUGCGGACAGCUCCUUACGUUUGCACUUUGUUGAUCGAAAGCUGUGUUGCCGCCCCAGCCACGCCGAACGGAAAGCCGGCAAUGCCAGGAACCCAGGCUGCUUCAGCCUUUUAUCAGCCGAAUAGACAGCAGCAGAUGCAGUCCAUGAUGCAACGACAACCCUCUGUAGAGUCGCAGUACUCCUCAAUGCAGCAGCAGUUCGUUCCAAGUCAAAGUCAGCAGAUUGAAGACAUAGUUACCGUGAGUAACAGUACGACUAGCUUAGACCAAACAAAACGACUUAAUGAGGAGGGAACGGUAGUUCAACCCUUCAGGGGGAAUACUGCUUUUGUUUCCGCUCAGAUCAGGGCAAGGGCAAUGAAAAAGAAAUUGGCAAUGGGAGACAAAGCUUCCCUCGAGGCUGCAGCUGUGACUGACAGCAGGGAAGACCGUUGGGAUGGUUUGCCAAGGGAGGGAGAAACACGUAAGGGAGAGGAAGCCAACGUGAUUAUUGUGGAACAGAGCAGCCCCACAUCGCUAGCAAACCAGAGGAAAAACAGUGUAGAGGAACCCUUGAUAGAUGAAAAUUCACAAUUACUGAGUACACCUGAACAAAAAGGCGGGGCAGUUAAUGAUGAUUCAAAUGUGGCUGGCUUUUUCAGAAAGAUUCAAUCGUUUCUAUUUUCUCCCAGCCCGCCAAAAGUAAAAAAUUCUGAAGAGUCAGAAUCUUCUUGCUGUGAAAGCGACUUUGAUUCCGAGUUUAGUGAAAUGACUUCGGAGUCUUUUAACGUGGGGGAGAUCGAAGCCAUAAGGGAUGAACUUGAAACUUUGUUGUUAAGUGGCCCCCAAGCCCCAGAAUUAUUCAUUCGCGACAAGUCUUUUAUUGAAAAGCCCUCGACGUCUGCGGAAGUAAUGACUCCGCAGGAACCAUUCCAGGAUUCCCCACCCUUAGUACAAGAGGCUCUAACUUUGAGCAUGCCAGAAGCAAAGGAAGUGACACAUAAAAAUAACGGGGUAGAGGAGAAUGAGGAAAGUUCCAUCGAAUUAAUUGAAACUGGGGACAAUACGCCAUUUUUAGCUGAAGGAGGAACUGAAAUUCACGUUGAUGAAGGGAAAGAUCAAGUAGUAAAUACUAGCGAGGACAACAAAGAUGGUAUUAGAGAUGCUGAUGAAAAAAGGUCCCUAAUCUAUAGAGCAACUAGCUUCUUUAAGACCAAGAAGGAAACUACUGUUUAGAAACUGACUUAACGGCCAAUAAGUAUGGAUGUAGUCAACUCAGUUUAUUGUUAGAGGAGAUUUUUGGGUAGAAACCCAAUCAUUUUAGAUCAGUCAGUUUUUAAUAACUCAAUAUAAAUUGCGCCUGGUCAGGCAUGAACUCAGGAGAGAGCUAAGGGUACAAAAAGCUUAAAAUUUAGCGAGCAAAGGAUGAGAAAUUUUAUAAACAUAUCGGAGGGGAUGACAUGUUUUCUUUACCUUCACGUCAUGAUACCUAUUUAUAACAUUGGUAUGCUUGUGUAUUGUACAUUGUACUUGCGUGUGACUGAUAUACUCUAGGCAGUCAGAAGUCAUGUGCUUAGGUUUUACCUCACGGAACUUUGUGGAGUAAUACGCAGUAAUAAGAGUUUGAAAACGGUCAUCAACUUUGACCGUUUGAGUUUCAUAUAGACAUGAUACUCAGAAUGCCGAUUAUAACAUAUUAAUUAAAUUUGUCGAGUACUAAAUAACUUAAAAUAAUUGGAGUCCAGUAUUUGGAGUUCUUUUAAAGGUUUUCCUUGUUUUUAAUGGACACUGUACUUCAAAGCUGGGGUCAAUUUAAUAAAGCUUUUACAAAUUUAACUUACUAGUAUAGCUUUUGUUUUAUGGUUCAAAACAAUAGCCACAAGUGAAAAUUACACUUGCAGGAGUAUUAUUGAAUUGACCCCCGUUGAAUAAAUGAAGUAAUCCCAGUUCACUGUAUCGUAUCAACCAUGCUUGAAAACAAAGAAAAACUAAUGUUAUUUGUGCAACAAUAUCGAGUGUGACAGUAGAAAAAAAAUCAGUCCUUUGGGUAGACAGCUGAAUUGAGUAGUUUCUAGAUUCUGAAUAUUAAUGCAAAAAGGAUUGAGAAAUUUAGAAAUUAGGCUAUUACUUAAGCAUAACUUGACAUAGUAAAAUAAACUUCGUGUACCACUAAAACGAACUUCUGUUUUGCAUUAUAUUUCGUGUAAAUUAACAUGAAUUUGUCAGAUUUGGAUUUGGAUUUCGACUAGCCCGACUCCAUUACAGUAACUUCAAUGAACACGGAGGCAAUCAAUAGUAAUGGCUGCGGGCAUUUGUGAAACUCCUAACCAUUCAUUGACAUUUCAUUAAGCCAGCACGUUUGACCUCUAACAAAACAAUUUAAACUUCCCCUCUCGUCUGCAAGUAAAUUAGCUUCCAAAGACUUUGUCAGGCUCUGCCAAAAUUGGAUGACGUUAUCACAUGCGUUAUAUUCUAAGGCGAUAUUGUUAGUUUAUCUAGCGCCAAUCAUUUUUAACCCACUUUGACGCAUUUCUUUAGCAGGUGCGAGGAGAUUACUGAAAUGUCGCAACAGUAAAUUCUAAAUAAGAGUCAGUGACGCAAGCUCUGUAUUAUUAAUUUUAUCUUUAUUUGUUGCAAACACACGAAGACACAAUAAACCAAACAUUAAUAAAUACUUAUGUACAUAAAAAUAAAUAAGCAAAAAAAUCAUGAAAAUAUACAUUCCGUGUUGAAAAUAAGGGAGGGUUGAAGUUUUUUACAAAGGGCGUGAAAUUUCGGUUGACUGCAAAAUAUUAAUCUGUAAAUUAUUUCAUUAAUCGCGGUCAUACUUUUUGUCCAACUUUGUAAAACUAGACUAAUGUGAAUAUUUUUUUCAGGAGUAUAUUCCUAUUGAAAUUCCUAAACUCAACGGAAGUUUCGGCCUUAAUGUAACGGUAAGGUUGACUUGAAAUUCUGGAGAUACGACAUUAGUAGGCUCUGAUAUUUCACCUUCGUUAUACAAAAAUAAAAAUCAUGCUUUUAAAAACUAACUUUUUGACUUGAACUAAGAAAUUACUAGGUGUUUCUUAUAGCUAUGUUACUCUUCAAAGGAAACUUUUUCUCUUGAUAUUGACUUGAUUCAGAAAUUAGCAUUUUUGAAAGCAAAACUUUGUCCAAAAAGAGAGUAAAGUGCUUCUUGUCUCUACUGAACCAAUCCUUGUAAAAAUAACAUUACAGUGGAACCUCGAUAUAACGAAGUGCCAAGGGGCUGGCAAAAUUUAAACGUUAUAACGAGCUUUCGUUAUAGCGAGGUUCUUUUCAAUAUAUUUUACUAUUACGGGGGUAAAGAAAAUCGUUAGUUAAAAAGAGGACUUCGUUAUAUAGAGGGUCCACUAUAGAUAAAAAAAAAAACAACAACAAAAAAACGGUCUCUUACGAAUUUACGUUUUCAAAAAUGUAAGCGAACAAUAUGUAAUCAUGUCAGUUCUCUCCACAAAUCUCAGAAAGUAGCUAUUCUAAUAAUUCAGGAAUUAGCAAUUCUGAGGGUCUUUCUUUCGGAAGGCGCCACAAUCAUUUUCAUCCGAUUCAUAGGCCCUAAAAAGAAAACCACAACUAAGUUGUCGAAAAAAUCAUUAACUAUUUGUCACGGUGAGUCCAUUAGUCAAUCUAGAUAAAGGACAUUAGUUUGGUGCUGAGACAAACAUUGUUUCAUACCACGCCUCUGAGAGGCCGAGACUAAUAAUAAUCAUGAUUUUCGCCGAAACUUUCUACAAAUCUCAUAUCUUCAGAGCUCUUGGGAAUCUAAUGGCGAUUUCCUUUUAAACACAGGUGUUAUUAUACCGACUCUAAGUUUUGAAUAAUUUACAAAACGUGUUUUGAACUUAAUAAGAACCACGAAAACUUUAAAUUAGAUUUUCGCAAUGUACAACCAUUACGUUCGAGAGAUUUGUAGCUCACGGAAAUUCCCCAGAAUUUGUCACUUGAGCAUAGUUCUUGCUCUAAGAAGGAUUAAAUUCUUUCUUAUAUGUGAUAACUAAAAUGUUCUUAAUAUUGAAGUUGUGCAUUGUUAUUUUAGUGAAAUAUUGUUUUCCAGGAAAGUGUAGUUUGGAUAUUGAACAGCGGGGUUUCUCGAUGAACUCUUUAUUUCAAUUCUUUUUUUUUUUUCCUGCACGUCAUCAAUAAUUAAUAACUGGCGACAUUAAAAACAAAAAUAACCUUGAUUUUCGGUCCACAACAAUGUUGAAGAAAAAAAAAAAACCUGAGAGAGUUGGUAUAAUAACACGUCCGCGUCCUCCUUAAAAACGCUUCAUUUUUAACCAUUUAACUGUUUCGAUAUUAACGGUUCUUUAUUUCUGCACUAGCUUUAACUCGAAUCAUGGGCACAAUGCAAAACUUUCGUAAUAUUUUGCUUUCCAGUCGAAUAAUUUAGUUAAAUAGCUAAGGUUGUUUUGAUUCCUGUACAUGUCUUUCUUAUUCUUUCUAUAAUAUGUUAUAUAUGUUUUCUUUUUCAUUCUUAUUGUAUGCUCCUCUUUUUUCAAAUUUCAGGGAGGACCUGAACUCGAUGGCAUUUACGUGAAGUCUCUUCUUCCAGGAGGAGCCGCAGAAGCAUCGGGAAAAAUACACAAUGGUUUGAAACUUUUUUCUACUAAUUGAUUCAGUGAUUGAACAAAUGCUUACUUUCAAAUAGAUUGAAAAAGCACUACAUUCAUUGAAAAUGUGGAGGAAAAGUUCGAAAGUAAGCUAUAAAUUGACUGAGAAGUUUUACCUACCUCUUUCAUGAUCAACUGUGGGAAAGACAUUUACCAUGAUUGUUUCACUUCUUAGUGUAGCCUUAGGAACUUCCUCUGUUUUCGUAGCCUCAAACAGUUAAGAUUUGAACACUAAAAAAUUUAUUCUCAUAUUGCUGGUUAAUUAUAUUCCUACUCAACGAAGCUGAUUGGGUGAUUUUCAGUGCGAGGGGAAUUUGUUAUUUAUUUAACCAUCACAUUUUCAAUCAAAGUACCAAUCAGGUACAAUAGCGUUCUUCAAUCAUACGCUUGUUGUCUUUGAUUGGCCACGACAUUUUUGCAUAACGUAACAGAUGAUCUGUUGAUCUUACGAUCAUCUAUUCUUCAAGAGAAUCGCUGAAAAUAUUUUGAUCUCCCUUUUUGGUUGUUUCAAUAAGAUGUUGUAGUAAUACAUAAGCAAAGGCGAUAGUAUAUGAUUACAUAGUCCCUUUUCAGGUUUGUCAGACCGUUAUCCAUUAUUGACAAAGAUGUUAAUUGACUCUGCUAACUGACAAUUGAGAAGAGUACCUUAAAGCAACUAUUAAAAUGACUGACGUUAUAAUAUCUAACGUCAUUUAUAUUUUUAGGGUUAGGAGACAUUAUGCUUGUAUAAUGGCUGAAAAAUGCAUAUAACUGAUAGGCAUUCCAAUGGCAUUAUCGUAGACACAUUCCUUUAGUACGCACAAUUGGGGCCUUCAGAAAAACAGCUAUCAAGUAGAGAGCGGGGUCAGCAACUUUCAGUUUAUUACACACUGUAAUUUUCAGUACAAAGAUAAUUGUUUAGAGCUCGAGAGACGACAUGGUUGGGCAUAGUUUGUUGAGAGAUAUAAUUGUGUACGAUACAAUCGCCCUUUUACGUAAAGAGAAAGGAAAUGCCCUCUUGUUCAAUGGUUUAUUGAACAUGUCAUUAUUACUCUUUUACCAGGUGAUAGAAUAGUGGAAAUAAAUGGAGUUUCAAUGGAGGGCUUAAAUCGAAAACAGGUAGGAUAAAAAUGCCUAGUUUUACGGUAAAUCAUAUAUUAGUAAUCACACAGGUACACUGAAGAUGGCAGCGAAGCUUCAGAUGAAAAGAACUACCCUGAAUAUAAAUUUUGAUAAGAAUUACGAUGAUGAUGACGAGAAUGAAUAUUGCCACGUAAUUUUGGGUUGAUAACGAUUGACUUGUAAAUAUUUUUUGUAAAUUCAAACGCCUCGAUAUAAAUUGGAAUCCAAAAUGCAAUAAUUGAGUAUGUAAGGCCUGGUUCAGACGCCUUUUACUGUUCAUGUGCUGGACCUAACUGAAUAAGUUCGACUUUGGAGCUACUCUUGCGCGACAUCUAAAUCAGACGGCACACCGUGUGUCGAGCCUAAGUUAAGUUUGACAAAAGUUCGACAGACUCUGUCGAACGUUUGCCGCAGCAAACGCUUUCUCCGUACCAAAUUGAUUCAGACUCCGCUCUUUUGCCGUACUUAAAUCAUCAGUUAGGUUCGGCACAUGAGUGGAGAAGCGUCUGAACCGGGCCUAACGGUAAGUAAAUUCACAUCCAAUUUCUACGUGUUGGUUAAAAUAAUGGCAUCUGAAACUAAAACAUAAAUAUAUAUAUAAAUAAAAACACGUUUAAUUAAAUACCUAGUAGGUAUCCUGUGCCCAUUUGAAGUUCACCUGACACCAACCUUCUCGACUCUUGAAAGUAAGUAAGUGAAUAAAUAAAAAAGUUUCAACAUUUUGCGUACAGGCCGUUGAGUUGCUCAGACGUUCUGCUGCCACAGCUACACUAGUUAUUGAGCGCUAUAAGCAGCCAGAACCGGAAGGACCUUAUUUGGAAAAUGUUGAGGAUCUUUUAGCGAUAUCGGUAAGAUUGCCAAUUUUUAUACUAAAUCUACGAUAAAACGGGCAACAAAACCCUGCAACUUGUUUUGCAACAUUGCUGCAGAACGUGUUGAAAAGAAAUGUUGCACUUUUCAUCACCCAAGUUCAAACAAAUAAAGGUUGCUGCAAGUUGUGUGAUACUGACUUCUCAUUGGAUAAAAUUACACAGCAGUCACGCCAUACACGGGAGUGACGUCACUUGCUGCAAAACAAGUUUGCCUUAGCUUGGGCCUGUAAAACACGUAACAAGUACAGAUUUUGUUGCAAAAAGUAGAACUACUCUCUACUUUCUGCAACAACUUUUAGCUACCUCCAACAACCUGAUUUGUUGCAAGACAGGUUUGAAUCAAUUUGUGUGUUAAAACUCGCAACAUUGCUUUUCAACUCGUUUUGCAGUCACCUGCUACUAAAUUAACGCCAGCAUUGGCAGAUGCAGACGACUUUUUUUUGAGGGACAUUCGAGCUCGAGCUAACUGAGGGAAUUUCUUUUUAUAACUUUGACACAACUUAUUCAUAACCCUACGUAAUUAACUAGCUUACAAUAACGGCAUACAUAAAAAACGAUCUGAUCACCUCGUUCCUUGUGUGUAGCCAAAUUGCAUCCUUGUUGAACUACAGAAGAUGAACAAUUCGUUUGGAUUUAGUGUUGUGGUAAGUGUGUAUUCUUGUAAUGCUACAUAAGAUUUAAAUCAGAUUAUAUGAAAACAAGAGUGUCCGAAAACUGAAAUCGUAGUGUUUAUUAUAGGUCUAUCCAGACCUUAUUUAUUUUUUAUCAAUUCUAUUUACUGCUAUGAGUGUUAUCUGACACACCUCAAGCCAAAACUCCAUCCGCAAGGAAGACGGGCCGCCUUACACAAUACUGGGAAAGUGACUGGAACUCACUGCCAAUGGUGCCUAGGAAGAAGACUGGCUUAGUUUCUUUUGAAUGAAACUUCAUAGACAUCUUACGUAUACAGCGUAAUUUUUAUAUCGAUGUGUUAUUUGUAUGUGUAAUCAAAUGAUGACGAGUGAAAUUAGGGAAUAAUUUUCUAUUAGGAUUUGGACAAAACGCAAGUGAAAUUAUUUCCUAAUUUCACGAGUAUACCAUUUGAUUACCUUUUAAUAUCAUGGGUGACGAAUUACUUUAGCAAUCGAGGAUUUUUGACUUGUUUAUCCUGGAUCGAUCGAUCGUGAACUCCACUCUCUCUCCAACGUUUAGAGCUGAAAUUUGGCUUAAGUUUUCAAAAUCUUUCGAGAACAUACCUCUAAGAAUCCUUCUUGAUGUGCUCUUUCGUUUGUUCAGGUUUUCUAAAGCAUCUUUUUAUGCCCUGACAUCUUCAUUCAUGACAUUUUAAAACUUCGUCGCUAUCUUGAAACGGAGACGUACGGCAGGUUACCAUGGCAAUUUAGUAAUUUGACAAGUGAAAUUACAAAUUAACGUUGAAAUUUCACGCCAAAAUUAAGGAGUAAUUCGUCACCUAUGAUAUUAGUUUAUUAAUUACUUUAGUAGGGUCGGUUAUGUAACCGUUAUUACUUGGCAUUAAUGUUAUACCAUUUUAUUAUAUGGCUACAACAGUACGCGCGCUCUGAUUGACUGUUUUCUUGUAAUGACCGAGCAUUACUAGCUAGGUGUCCAAGGCAUAAUUAUACAAUCUGUGUUUAACUUGAUAGUGGACAUGCAUGUUAUGGUCAAUUGACAGCUGUCAAAAAAGCAUCUGCUGACCAGUGUCACAUGACUAUAUCGCGGGCUCAAGUGUACUACUCAUUGAAGUGACGUGUUUUUUAAAAUUAUUCGCUGGCCAGUUGUUAGUUUCAAUUGAUCGCAAAAAAUGAAAAGGCCAUAUAAUAAAUAACUUAUUAACCUCGUCAGUUCGGCCAUUACGGGGAAAUCUCAGACCUCGGCCUUGGUGUGUUGACCUCGCUACCGCUCGGUCAACACAUCAAGGCCUCGGUCUGAGAUUUUCGUGUAAUGACCUCACUCUCGGUUAAUAAGUAGCAUAUAAUGAUGAUAGCUUUUAGUUUGUGUAAACAUUUAUAAAUAAAACCCACUUAUUGUUAAAUGGCUUUUUACCAGGGUGGUCCAGAUUUUGGAGGUAUUUUCGUGAAAACUAUCAACCCGCAUGGCGCAGCUGCCAUGGAUGGCAGGAUAGGCAUAAGUGACAGAAUAGUUGCCGUAAAUGGUGUCAACUUAACAGCCGCCACAAGACAAGAGGUAUGUAGCAACACUGCCACACUAGGUGGGGGUGGGGGAACUCUCGCAGACGAUUAGAUCAUAAUAAAUAAGUAAACAUCACUCAUUUUAUCAGUCGGUCUUUGCUACGUCAGCCAUUUUGAAUAUAUGGUCUGAUGAUGCGAGGUCUGGAAUGAAGCAGUAUUGGGGAGCCGCUCAGACUUCUCUAUUUGUUAUUAUUCGUAAACGAUUGGAUCUUUCGUGAAUUUUAUGACUUUCUGUUAUGAUGGCCUUUAAACAACAAUAUUAGAUAUCAGGGGUUCGUUUCUAAGAAGGCCCGGUAGCUUUUCAGGCCCGAAGACAAAUUAUCAAAUCAAAAGCUGUUGAAUAGUACCACAGUUCGUAGCUCACAAACCUGUCAAUCUUGCUUCGUUAACUGAUAGUUUCAUUGUAUCAUUUUCAAAAUUAUUGAAACUUUGACCUUGAAUGCAGACACGGAAAACAUAAAACAGUUCUUCAGGCCCGAAAAGAUUCCGGGACUUUCGAGAAACAGGCCACUCUCCAAGGAGUGAACAGACUAUAAUUUUAAAACAUCGGACAAACUUUUUGAAGUUUAGCCUAUUUCUUUCUGACCCACCCCUCAUUAAUAAUAACAGUGACAACGAUAAUGAAUAAUUAUGAUAUAAAUAUUAAUGUGAUAGAACUAGAUUUCAAGUUGACUGGAUAAAGGUGAAAGAAACAAAGACCAAGACGAAUGAAAGAUAGCUAAAAAUAUUUUUAUUUUUUUAAGGCGUCAAAUCCUAGAACUGCAUCUUGCCGCACAGAAUGGAAAAGAAAACAACUUUAUGAUCCUCUAUUCAGUUUUUAAAGAGAACCUUAUGAGGCCUUUACUUUUGUUCUUUUGUGAUCAGAAAAUAAUCGACAUCUAAUUGAAGUAUUUUUGACAAAAAUUGCUAUACGUAAUCAAUGAUAUAUGCUCAUUUAGGCAGUUGACGCUCUCCGAAACUCUCCAAUUAUCGCUCAGCUUGUCGUAGAAAAAUGCUCGGCUGAAGAUCACAUGACAAAUAGCAGUGGACCACCAACCCCUCAAGAGUCAAGAUAUGGGGCUGUACACUACAAUCAAUAUCAACCGGAAAACUAUAAUGGUAAGGUUUACAACAUAUGAUGAUGGUGUAAGGGAAGAAAAACGUCCUUGUAAAAUACUUUAAAUGGGGGCAGAGGGUGGAGGGGAGAUGGGGGUAGGGGCAGGGUUCUCAUGACGCAUACUUUUGGUAUUACUAAAACACAACCAUCAGUUCGAAGGGGAUAGAUGGCGAAUUGAUCUUGCUGGCAAUAUCUAUAAGUCGUAAAAGAUCAUAAUUAGGAUGCCUAAAACCCGUGCAAUUCGACAACUGGUUUCAACUCCAUUACCGUAUUCAUUGGAUUAAACUCCGCGGCAUUUAUUAAAUUUUUAGCGUUUCCUAUGCGGCGUAUAUUCGAGGGUGGAGUUUAUUUCGAAAUCACUUUUUAAAAUCACUGACAACAGUAAUUGUAAAUCGUUUGUAAACAUUAUGUAAUUUAAAGGCUCAAAUGACUCCCUUAUUUUGCUGAGAUAGAAUCGUAAACGUCUGGAUGAUAAUAAUUACCAAGUUGUACCGAGGUUUCUCUAGACUUAUUACUCUGCUGAGUAGGUGCAGUGUUUAUUCGACGGCGGCGUUCAUUGGUAAUUUUGCUUCCAUCUGCGGCGUUUGAUCGAGGGCGGCGUUUAAUCGAAUAAAUACCGUAACGGUAAAUCCCUCAUCUGUCAAUAUAUUAAAUUCUAGAAACUGAUUGGUUAGUUCGAGUGUGUUAAUUAUGGCAUCUUAUAAGGCGAGCCACUUAUAACUCUAUGAUCUCUUACCCUUUAGCAAUAAUUUUAUAAAUCUAUCAGAGUCAUUACCGAGUUGUUUUAAUUUCCGAAAUCGUUGCCUUUGAGAUGCAGAGUUUAAAUAACUAAAAUUCAAGAGACUCCAUGAUUUGUGAUUUACUGGCUAAUAAAGGCACUAUAACCGGGUGUAGAAAGAAUUAGAAAUCUUCGUACUUCACUCUGGAAACCUUUUUUCUAGCAUUUGAAUUGUUCUUUCAUUCUAGAACCAGUUUGCGCAUGGUUUAAUUUACCAAAAGUCCUCACUUUGAGUCCCCCAAACCUUGAUCCAUUGGUGAAUUCAUCGGUACGGUUCGGUCGGAGGUGAUAUCAAGUGAUUACUAACAGCCUGUUGUCAUCAGGUUUAAAUGUUUCACUCCCCUUAGGUAUUAUUUGUGACUACUCUUGGUAUAUAUUGCAGAUUACAAUAUGGAUGAUCUACCAUUUGAGGUCUAUCUAGCCAAAGGCCAGAAUGGCCUGGGGAUGAGCCUUACGGGCGGAGAUAGUGGAGGUACAGGGUCUAUUAAGUUCUAAUUAAAACGUCAACAUUUUUAUUCAAUGAAAAUGCUUAUUGUUGCGAUUGCAUGCUUUCUUGGUGUUUUAAAUAUUUGAGUUGCCUUAUUAGAAGUUGCUAAGAAAAAAUGCGGAUUUCUAAACAAUAUUUUAUUUUCAAUUUAAGAGGCUUGCGCUGCUGUUAAAGUUUUUCAAUCAAAAGAAAGUUCAGUAAAGUUUCUAACUUACCAGAAACCUAAUUAGGAGCACUUUUGAAAAAGGAAACAUACACUAAGUCGUGUCCAGGAGGUGCUGUUAUCACCCAGUCCCCACGAGUUUGCGGUCAUGAACUUGCAAUGUUUCGAAAUCAACAUUGAAGGGGAAAAGGCGAAGAGAUCUGAUUGGUCGCACGUUAACGUAAAAGUUGAACCCGCGUUCAACUUUUGCUUUUACACACGACUUUUCGUACAUUUCCUCUAUUUUAUUUGCACAAGUAAAUUUUUACACGCGUUAAACUGAAUUACGUGACAGUGGAAAUCCACCCUAAAGAGUGUUUUCUACAUGUAUGAUUGUUAUUAAAGGUCCAAUUUAUAUUAAGAAGUUGGUUCCGGGAGGUUCAGCUCUUUUGUCAGGACAGCUUCAAGUGAACGAUAUCAUCCUUCAAGUGAACAACAAGAAUGUGGAUCAAAUGAGCUAUAGAGUAAGAAUUUUAAGUAUGGAUUCGUCUUGAAAGACAUAGUAGAGCAGCUUAGCAGCCUGGCCUCCUGCCUUGGGGUGACUCUUGGCGGGAAGAAAAACAGUGGCUAAUCAAGCAUCGAUUGUGCUUUUUUUUCUCCCUACACAGUCUGUUAAGCCACUGUAAUUUCACUAGACUUCUUUGGUGUCGCGAGAAAAAGCCCAGCUGGUACUCGGGUAACAUGGAAAAAUGGUGGCUUACAACGCUGAAUUUUUACAAUCUUUGGAGGAGACAUUUGUUGGGUUGAGAUGGUUUUAAAAUCCAAAGAAAAUUCAGAACUGAACAUUUUAGGCACAUUUCAAAAAUAUUUUGGACUAGAGAUCUGGGUCGGGUUGUAUAGAAAGCAUACUAAGCUGAUUUAGCAACGGAACGGGAACGCGCGGAAACGCGACGUCCGGCGUCCAGUUUGCCUCUCUGCCAUUGGUCAAGCCAGUUGUUUGAUUUGCGCGCGUCGUCGUCAUUGACGUUUCCGUUCUGUUGCAAAAUCAGCCAAUAAGAUAAGAGGGCUCUUACCUUUUGUGAAUUCUGAAAUAAUUGUUACGGGUGCCAUUAAUCUUAAGAUGUUUUGGAUCAAUUAAGGUCUCUGGGAAACUGCCCACCUACCCCUCUCCUAAGCCAUCAUUUUGCCCUGAGUGAGAUAAUGUUGGCUUUGGGGAGGGGUAGGUGGUCAGUUUCCUAGAAACCCUAAAUUGAUCCGAUGUUUUUGCAACACAACUCGGGUCCUUUAUUAAGCUAUUCGAUUCCUGAGUCCGAUGAACUUUUUCAGAAAUCAUUGAAAUAUGCCAUCAUUUUUUGGUGUAUUCCCUACAGGAAGUCCUUUCUAUUCUUCGAAACUGUCCAUCGGAAGUUCGAUUGCUAAUUCAAAGGCCACAGGUGUCAUCACACCCUCCCUACCCAGGGUACCGUGGGGGCAGCGACCGAGCAAGUGUGGACAGCUAUGGAAGCUACAGCAGCAUGUCAAGUAUUUUUUAAAUUAGCUUAGAGAUUAAUUUCGUUGAUAUAUUUCUUAGAAUAGUAGAAUUUCCAGUGAAAGUUCAAGUACAGUGUAGAACAUCUAUUAAUGUGGCAGAUCAUUUCCUUUUCAUAAGAAUCCAUGAAUGGAAUCAAUCGAUAGCGAUGAUCUUAGCAGAGUAUUCAAGUGUGAAUUUUGAUAAAAUUUGUCGAAAAGUUAAAUUUUUCAUGAACUUGGCAAAAAAUGAAUAAAAACUGUUGUAGUAACAGGGCAGAACCUGUUUAUAUUAGUACCUUAUUUCAAGAUAUGUUUGUUUUCCUUUAUUAGAAGACCCUCGCAUAGAUUAUUUUUGUUCGGAGGGCGUAUGUAGUAUAUAGCGGGGUUUUGUGUCAAUAUUUGCCUUGGCAGUAAAAGUGCCAAGCCAGGGGAACAUUAACAGCUCUAAUUUUCUGUGAGUAAGUUGUUAACUAAAGGCUUUUAUCCUAUUCAGACCUGCUCACUUUAAGGAUAUGCUGGUCCUGUAGAGGCAAAGCAAUGAAACUUUUUAAAUACUUAGGUAUAAGCACUUCAAUAAUGCUUAGAGCCUGCGUAGCAGGCGCGGGUCUCGAGAUUUCUUCCUUCGCCCUAAAAACACCAGCCCCUACUACGCAGGCUAGAUGCAUAAGGUAAAACUUUUUAACUGGGAACCGUUGACCUAGUUUAUUGAAACUUGUAUUACGAUUCUGUCAUCAUGGGAAAUAAAAUUGUGCAGAUUUGGAUAUAUCUAGCAAAGACAGCAAAGAUGCAUGCUAGUAAUCAUUUCCCUUUAAGCAAAGAAGGCAGAGUUAUUAAAAAUUAAAAAAAAAAAAACAGAAGCAGGGUAACAUGGUCUCCGCGCCGCUCCUAGUUGUUACUGCGUAAACUUUAGCAAGGUACGAAAAUCAAAUGUUAUAUUUCCAGUUUCUGUAAAGUUUUAUGAAUUCGAGGUUUAGCAUAGUGAUGAUUAUAAAGUUUCAAAGUGAUGACGUCACAAAAAUUUAAAUUUGUGAAAUUAUGGGAUUUGUCGGGAUAUUCUGAAAGGACAAUAUCUAAAGAGCCUGCAUGGCUAGAAGUAGCAUUUCGGGGCCAAAUUGUAUCUCGAUAUAAGCCCAGCUAUGCUCUGAUCACUCCAAAUUUGCCCGGCAAUUUGCCCAGGAGGAGACAUCAGAGCGUAACUGGGCUAAUAUCUCGAGACAAUUUGCACGGAAUUCCAUAGUUUUUGGCAAGUAGGCCUGUUGGAUGUGAUUCUUUUAGAAUGCAUGUCCCAGCAAAUCCCAGAAUUUCACAAAUUUAAUUUUUUAUGACCUUUCACUUCGGGACUCUCAGUUUCAACCACGACUUCCUUUUCUACCGAUGGCGCAUGUCAGUUUUAUUUUAUUUUAGCAAUUGAGGAGACUUAUUUCACGUUAAAAGGAUUGGUCGUCGUUCUUUGACAGUGGUCAAAGAAGGACAAUUUGCAAACACAUAGCAAUUGAGUACCUUCAAAGCUUUCAAAAUCCUUAAUAUCAUAAUUUAAUGUUCAUAUUUCGAUGAAAGAUUAAAAAGGAAUGCAUUGACUGUUUUCUGUACUCUUAAUUGCACGUGUUUGCACUUUAUGGUCUAAACAACAUUGAGUUAUUUGUCCAUAGUUGAGGCACCGUUUUACUAGGUUUAAAGGGUACGGUGUUAAAAGAUAAGUUUUUGUGCUGAUCUUAAGUUACAACAAACCUAGCGAGUCGCAAUAAUAUGAAUUAUGCUGAUUUUAAAGCCUUUUUGUGCGAGUACUAUGUGCACAAAUGUAUUGCUUUAUGAGAGGGCCUAGGGGAGGGGAGGAAAUUCGGAACGCUACAAACCAAUGGAUACAAAUUAAAAUAAUGUAUGCUAUUUGUAAGUAACUUAUUGAUGCCAGAAAUUGGGGAUGUUGUGCAUGAGGGAAAAAGUUCGUGGCACCAGGAAGAUUUCGGGCAGGGUGGAUUAUCCUAGCGCCAUACAGACUUACACAGGUAACGAAGAGAAAAUGGUGUCGAGGAUCGAUUCGUUAGUCUCCCCCAAAAAAAGAAGCUUUAAAACCGACCACUUUUAAUUAAAAACAGCUUUUUUAAAUGGGUUUCUGGUUACACACCCCGGCUAAGUUGUCUCGCAUAUAAACCAACGACAAGAUGUUCAGCCUUCUGGGAUCUUCCUCGUGCUUAAAUCUUCCUUCCGUCCAUGUAAACAGUACUCAAGACUACAAAAAUCGGAUGCAAAUUGUCUUUAACGUGUCCGAUAAGACAGAGCUAACUGACAGCUAGAUACGCGUGUUAUAUUUUUUUUUAGUUUUCUUGUUUUUUUUUCUUGCUUUUUUAAUUUUGUAUGUUAUUACAUUCAUAGCCGUAAUAAAAUAUUUUGAGAUAAAGAAUACUAAAAUGUACAACCUGUUAUUUAUUGCUUAUACCCGCAAGCAUGCACAGCGUUGUUCUGUAAUUUUUUUCCUUCCCUGUGAUCUAAACGCUGUGACUAUUUAUAAAAGUCGUUUUUCCCAACGACAGUCCUCUUGAUAGCAUAACCUCGUUAACCAGCAUAGUUUUUGGCCGAUCUAAAAAGUUGACAGAAUUUUAAAAGGUUACAAUCAUCGCUUACAACCGCUUCCUGCUAUGUGGCAUAUCCAUAUUACAGUCAGUAAAUCCUUUUGUAAACCGCCUUUAUCUUGGAAGAAGGGAACUUCAACUGUGUAAUGGUUUCUCAAUAAACUUUAAGACGAAUUUAACAAAAAUUUUGCAUCUCCUUUCUACAGAAAUAGUUGCCACAAUUUCCUUUCAAAAAGUUAGGAUCCCUCCUCAAAUUCUCACCCCCGGAUAUACAUAACAAACUGAAUGCGGCUGAUUAGCCUCACAAAAAGGUAUAAAUUUUACACGGUAACUAUUGUUUCAACAAAAGUAUUCUUUACGAUAUUUUUCAGUUAUGUGAUACAUCAAGUUACCCCCUCCUCAACUUAUUUUCAACUUAUAGUAUUUUGGGAUAAUAUUCGACUAUGUCCUACAUGGAAAUGGAUAAUUUUGCUGAAAAACUUCGUUUCGUCUAAAUUACAACGCUUUUGGGAGAUAUAAUCUGUCGGCAGAAAAGACUGAGCCUUUCUACCGUGACGUCCCCCGACUGACUGGUCCUCCAUGUUGGUGUCCAAAAAAAAUAACGGGGUCCACGUUGGUGUCCUAAGCUAGUCUUUUCUUAUGUAAACGCUUCCUUUUGCAACUAAUUAUAAUGAAUAGCUGCUACCCACGUGAAUGAAAAAGAUGAUGUAAAUCGGUCUUCGAAAUUUCUGAUCGUGCGUGACUUUAAGGUUGGAUGUAACUUUCCAUGGCCACUGCUAGGCAUCUAAUAAUUAUCAAGCUGUGCCGACAAACAGACUAGAGGAAGGUGUUCAAAACUUCUUUUUCAUAGCUAUUCAUCAGAACUACAGGGGUGAACCAUGUGAACAGCAACUUUAUUAGUUGUAGGUUUUGUUUAUUAUUUAAUGAGGUUCCGUAACAUUUGACAGCGAAAAAACUGCUAAACUAUAUAACCCUCAAAAGUAAGUGAAUAAAUGUACUAAGUAUUCCAAACUCGGGUAAAUGGGAUAAGCCCUUUUUGCGAAAGUGCCUUCCUUUCUUUACAGAUUUUUAAUUGGCGAAAUAUUAAAUUCUUUGCUGGCGUGUUCGUCGACAUUUUACCACCAUCGGUUAGAUAGGUUGCUGUGAGUCAUAGAAAAGCAGGUUGAGAGCGGCUGGGAGCAUUUACUUCAGAUAAUUAGUCUUUUAAGAUAAAUCUCGUGAAUACUGUUCGGCACUGUCAGUAACAGGUGGUGAGCUCAAGAACGAUGCUGAAGAACGCCCUUUCUGUUGCGUUGCUGCUGUCUGCUACUGUUUCAGUAGGUACGACGUACGUAAGGUGGUCUCAUUUGUCUCUUUAAGGCUUUCACUGCCAAAUGUAGCCAAAGGCAAAUUUCGACCAGAUUUUCAAAUUUCAUUUUGUAAAAUUUUGAAAAACAAAUAGCACCAUGUGUAAGUACAGGCAGAGAGGUUUCAUUUGAAUGGUCACAUCAUAGGAUUUCGUCCACAGACUCAAAAGUUAGAGUCACCUUUCUUCUUGACACCUUACAAAACUCCAUCAAACACUCGGGCAGUGAAAGGGUUAAGGCUUUGUUCACACUGCACCAGACAGCUUUUGCGCCGGCACGAAAACCAUACUGGAUAGGGCUUCUGUUCAAACAUAAGAACGUUGUGUUUGGCGCGAUUUCAGUGUAACGGAGCUAAGCUGCGCUGUGCGAAUCUCUAAAGUGGAGAGUCACAUAUGGGAUGGGUGUUCAUAUGAUAUCGGAUAGCUUUUUGUGUCGGUGCAAAAAGCUACUAUCCGCUAUAGUGUGAACGGUAGGUUAAGUCAAAGAAAAAGCGCGAAUAUAGUUUGGGAGAAAACGUUUUAUGUCCGUUGCUGUCGACAACAACUGCAUCGUAAAUGUACUUCGUAUAAAAGGAAAAAAAUUGCGCUUGGUCAAUUAAAGUCAAUCGCACAGGUCAAGCGAUUUAUGGUAGGAAUUUUGCAUCAUAAAUGUGCGGUAAAACGGGCUACAUAAAACGUGCAACUUGUUUUGCAACAUGCAAUGCUGCAAAACGAGAUGAAAAUUAAGCGAUGUGGCGCGUUUUACUGAUCACGAAAACCUUUCCACCUUAUAUUGUUGGAAGACAGGUUCGAACGUCGUUGGUAAAACGCACAACAUCGCUAUUCAUUUCGUUUUGAAGCAAUGUUGCAAAACAAGUUGCACGUUUUUUGUUCCCAGUUUACUGAGCUUUAGGGCAAAACAACUAUGAGGGAUUUUUCAGAAAAAGGCAUCUCAGGUUUCCAUCCUUCUCCGUCCCUCAUAUCGUUUCCCGAGAGUAAUUGAGAUAAUUUUUUUAUUUCCAUUAAAAGUUAAGUUUGGUGAGGUAAACAUCUUGAUUGUUCGUUGGACCGACUUUGCUCGCGUGUGGUAAAAAUAGAGAAAAACAGUGAAUUUGGUUUGCAAAAUUAGCACCUCUGUCAGCUAUGGCUAUUUUUUCUUCGUUUUUUUUUAAUUUUUCUAUUUCUUUUUUUAAUAUAAUUGUAGUUCGGUUAUACUCACGCGCAGGUAGCUUGGCCCUGUAUUGUUCAACAACAACAACUAAAAAACUACCUGGAAACAUAUAUUCUUGUCACUAUAGAAGAAUUUUGAUUUUGCACAGUUUUUCUCUGAAAUCACAAGUGACACUUCACUUUUUUUUAUUAAACCAAAAAAAAAAAAAGCGAUUUUCGGAAUAAUGAAAGGACAAAGGACCAUAACGCUAAAAAAAUCUAAAGUGCCAAACAUUUUGGAGAUGAUUUUACGAGUGUUAAAAACUUGAAAUUGGAUGUUUUGAGAGUCGGUAUGGGCUCAUCAACAAUUCAAUUCCAAUCUUCCCUCCACAUGGGGUGUUUAAAUAUUUAAAGCGCCUUCUGAAAAUGCCUACCUUUGCAUUUUGAAAUAGCCAUCUGUGAUCCUUAGCACUGGAAUUAUUAAUACUAAUUGUAAGCAACAUCUUUCAUUUGUAAAUUUACCUAGAAAAAAAUGGCAAUAAUUUAACAAAAAUAAACAGUAACUGUUAAACUUUGCAAACAUACAGAUGGUUUGGAUUGGACAGAUUCGGUGUCACGAGAUCAUCUCACAGACAUCAGAUAAUUCUGUUUGUGCAUGGAAAGCUUAACGUUCUUGCGACCUGCCUGUAUUGGAACCUGACUCGUCUCCAUUGGUCUCUCAGUCUUCUGUACGAGAAAAGCGCAAAGGAGAGCUCAAGCAUUUCCUAUCACCCCUCGCGCUAACUUGGAACACGACUUCUCGCGUUCCGUCCCCCGCGUGUCCAAAUAGGGAGUUUAAGAUACGGCGACUACGGACUACGACUACGGUUAAACAUGCUACUGCGCAUGAUCAAAACCACGUGACUGUUCGUUUUUCCCGCGUAGUCCUGCGGCUACGGUGAGUUGUUGAGCUGUUUCGCGUAGUCGGGACUACGGAGAACAUUUUGCUCGUAUUUUGCCGUCUCGGUAAUUCAGAAUCUCGUCUUUUCGUUAAAAAAGUUUUCAAUUCACCUGGUUUAAGUGAGAGGGAAGCGAAAUAUGUAAGUUGUGUCUAAUUUCUGCUCAAAUUUACGCUUUUAAUCCACUGUUGUUACCUCAUUUUUAUCUAUAAGCUAAGCUCAUAUUUGAAUAAGCUUAGCUGUUUAUACGCAGAAUUCCGAUUGACGGCCGAGGAGAAGAGAAAUCAUGCAGGUAAUUUACUUUCUCUUCGCACUUGAAAAGUUUCAAUGUUUGUUCGAACUGAUUAUUGUGUCUUUCUACUUGUGUAACCUUUGUUUAUGCGAGUUUUUGUAUCGCAUUUGCUGAAUGAAAAUGAUGUAAACAUCUUCGAGACAAUCGAAACUCGGCAUUUCAAUACUUCAAAUUAAAUCAGAUCAGUAGUGGGAGAAGUCCAUCUUCUAAAUCUAAUAAAUGAACUAUUACUAUUUCUGUCUAUUUCCUUAAGAUUUGACGCUACAGCAUCAGUCGGUCCUGUUUACUCACACUUUUCCGAUCACCACGUGUACUUUAUUUAUCAGCACGCCGAAGCACACGUAUUAAAUCUGCGCUAUGGCCGCGGUAUGCAUACAACCAUAUCACCCGGGCAAUGGCAGCCAUGAACCAAUGAACGGUCAAAUCCGAGCAUCAAAGGCCCUUUAUUUAGGCACACAGCUUAAUUUAGCUGAUCUCAUCUCCAUAUGCAUGCCGUGGGAGUGAGCAUGAGUGUUGCGGUUCCCAACCAGCAGCUAUCACAUGUGUACUGUGAAGAGGGCGCUUAAACUAUAGCUCUUGCACUCGCCUCGGUAGGUCACGGAGGGGCCAAUGUUUACAAUGCUAAUGAGACUUACUUAGGACGAAAAAGCUGACCAUGGCUCCUUCUGAGCGGGUGAAAUAUUAGCAAGCUUAAGCAAUCACGACGGCAACGGCAGAGAAAACGUCACUUGGAAAGCGAGUUCACGCUGUUUCAACUUUACUACUCUUGUUCCAUUUCAUAUAACUUGAUUUUUAUUGGGAAAUUCUUCUGGAGUUGAUUCCAUAGGACCAGAAACCCAUAAUGAGUUUCUGAUAGGACUUUAUCUAAGUUCAAAAUAAGAAAUCGUUACCUUGCAUUUGCGUUCACGUCGUCCAUAAAACGUGAAACUAGGAAGUUUCUGGUUGUCUAGAAAGCGACGACCUACAACCCAUAAAACGACUACCUAGACCGUAGUCGUGCAACAACGGCAAAGAAAUGUACAAAAAAGUGUGAAACAAUAAUAAUAAUAAUUAUAAGAAUAUUAAUUAUUAUUUUUAUUGGUCUGAGUAUCGUAUAACACCCUCUGAGAUCUCCAUAAUUCUUCAGAUGAUACGAAAGCCGAAUUCAAUAAUUGUUUAGGUAUUCAUUCAAAAGAAUUUCUUGUUUAAAAUGCUUACCUUCAUCGAUGUUAAGUUCAUCUUCAAUUGCUUGCUUAUUGGCAAGUUUAGGAGAUAAAGAGUUGUUCAGCCCUGCCAAUAUUCUCCAAAUAGCCAUGAUAGUGAAUGUCGUCCGACGAGUUGUAUUCUUGCUCGUAGUUGCUACGUUUUUAGCCAAUAGCUCUCACAUUUCUUUCUCGUGAAACGAGUGAAAUGUUCCGCCCUUUUGUACUCACUACCAAAACAACUGAAUCCCGUUCCCAGGUCUUCUCGGUUAACUGUCCAGUUUUCUGGCAAAAUGCUGUAGAAUAGGGCAAUUGCACGAUGACGACGUCUGACUAUUCUGGUAGUUGUAGUAAAUUGUCGUCAUCAUGCAAUUGUCCUAUCGACGUCAUUUUUCACAUAUCGUAAAAUUCUUCCAAAUUUGGUCAACAGUAGCUGGUUAUGAUGAAUUAUGCGUGGGAUUUAAGCCAGUUAUAAACGGAGAAAUAUUUUGAAUGAAUGAAUGAAAAAAUAGUUAUAAUAAUAAUAUUAAUAAUUAUAAUAAAUAAUGAUAAUGGUAAUAAAUAUAAUGAAAAUGAAGAAAUGGUCGUCGCAGUGAACGCAAUUUAUGCAAAUGCGUAAAGAAGCCUGCAAAAAAAAUUCAGGACUUCAACGAGCUUUGAACCCGUGACCUCGCGAUAACGGUGCGAUGCUCUACCAACUGAGCUAUGACGCCACUGACGUUGGGAGCAGGUCAAUUGUGAACAAUUGUUAACACUCAUUUCUUUCACGGGAACAUAUGAACCCACAAUUGACCUGCUCCCAACUACAUAAAUUGCGUUCACUGCGACGAUCAUUUCUUCAUUUUCAUUUCAUUUCCGCAGUUCAUAUAUGAUUUACUUCAUAUAUCAUUAACAUAAUGAAUAAAAUAAUGCGGUGAUCUUUUGCAUCUUUUUUCAUUGUCUCAACAGCAUAUUCCUUGAAGUGCUAUAUGUGCCCAGGUGACCAAAGCGUAGAAGAUUGUGACAAAGACAAAAGUGAAAUGAAUUGUACAGACGCUACACCGGUCUGCGUUAAGGCAGACGCUGAUCGAGAGAGUGGCAAAAAGUUUAGAUGGCGAGCAUGCAUGCUAAAGACGAUGUGUGAAGAUAUCGAGAAAAAGUGCAAAGAC